UAAACAUGGAUGAAACCUUUAAAGCCCUUUCCGGCCCGUCAUAGGGAGAGAGGAGAGAGAGAGGAGAGAGAGAGAGAGAGAGAAGGGAGAGAGAGUGGGAGAGAGAGAGAGAGACCUGCGUUAGGGUUUUCUGGAAAUCCCAGAAAUUUUGAUAAUAAGGGAGCGAGUGCGAGAGAUUUGGGGAGAGUGAGCGUGGGUCUUAGAGCGAGCGAGCGAGGAAGAGGAGGAGGAGAGAGAUAUACUUUCACUUUUAGGGUGAUUUCUCUGCGUUUACUGCGCCAUUCAUCAUGGAUCGGAAGCUAGUGAUUUAGGUUCUUGGUAUUCCAUGGGACAUCGAUACAGAGGCGCUGAGAGAAUACAUGAGCAAAUUUGGGGAGUUGGAAGAUUGUAUCGUCAUGAAGGAGAGGUCAACUGGUCGUUCUCGUGGGUUUGGAUAUGUGACAUUUGCAACUGACGAAGAUGCUAAGAAUGCACUGUCAAGUGAACACUUUCUUGGCAACAGAAUGAUGGAAGUCAAAAUUGCCACACCUAAGGAGGAGAUGAGAGCUCCUCCAAAGAGAGUCACUAGAAUCUUUGUAGCAAGGAUCUCACAAUCUGUGACUGAGGCUGCCUUCCGCAGUCAUUUUGAGAAAUAUGGAGAGAUAACAGAUCUUUACAUGCCAAAGGACCAGGGAUCCAAAAUCCAUCGCGGAAUAGGUUUCAUCACCUUUGCAAGUUCAGAAUCUGUGGAAAGUUUGAUGGCUGAAACUCAUGAAUUAGGAGGUUCUACUGUGGUUGUUGAUAGAGCAACCCCCAAGGAUGAUGAUUUCAGGCCCAUUGGGAAAAUGCCGCAAGGGGGUGGGGGUGGUGGUGGGGGUGGAUAUGGCGCAUACAAUGCUUAUAUUUCUGCAGCAACAAGAUAUGCAGCACUUGGUGCUCCUACCUUAUACGACCAUCCAGGCCCAGUUUAUGGGAGAAGGGAAUUUCGAGGGAUGGGAAAAAAGAUUUUUGUUGGUAGGCUCCCACAAGAAGCAUCUGCUGAUGAUCUCCGCCAGUACUUUGGUAGAUUUGGCCGUAUAUUGGAUGUCUAUGUUCCCAAGGAUCCUAAAAGAUCCAGUCAUCGAGGUUUUGGUUUUGUAACUUUUGCUGAAGAUGGUGUAGCGGAUCGUGUAUCUCGAAGAUCUCAUGAGAUUUGUGGACAACAGGUUGCUAUUGAUUCAGCCACUCCUCUUGAUGAUGAAGCUGGAGCUGGAGCAGCUGGAGCAAGUGGAAGUUUUAUGAUGAACAGCGCCGCAGAAUCGUUCGGUGGCUAUGCGGGACCUAUGAGGACUUAUGGAAGGAUGUAUGGAAGCCUGGAUUUCGAUGAUUGGGGUUAUGGAAUUGGUGGAGGAAGGCCAUCUAGAGGAGACUGGAGGUAUCGGCCAUACUGAAGAAUUGGCCUAUAAUACUAUCUAUGAGGAAGAAAGAUAAAUGUAUGCUUAUUGCAUUAUUUAUUUAUGCUUUGUUUUUUGUUUUGUUUUUUUAAAAGAACUGGAAAACCUCUCAAUCACGUAUGGUUGUUGUUGGGCAGGUUGUGGUUAGAAGUGUUAUUAGUCGUUGUAUUCUUCUCUAACUCUGCUUUCAAAUUAAUCAAUUUUUGGAAUUCUUAGGAUGCU